AUGAAGUUCGAUUUCAAGGGUUUCCUCGUGAUUUUCUCAAUUUUCGCUUUGUGUUAUAUCUUCUGGAUUCGUGAUUUCAUCUUUCAUCAAUAUUCAAACGCCCAAAUUCCUUAUCAUUUACUCCCAUCGGUGCUCGAUUUCGGCAGUACUACAUGGAAUUUCACAUAUGGAACGAAUUGGGAUAAAUCUUUUUAUAAAGAAGGACCAUUGACGGGCGAUGAGUUGUUCUUUCACAAAGCUUUUUACGAUUUAAGAGACCCAGCUGGCCCUCGUAUCCGCUUACUAGUGACAGCGACAUGCGCUGGACGAGGCGGCAAAAUCGAUAUCUCGAUUGAUGGAAAGAAAUUGGGAAUCGAAUGGAAUAAGUGCACGAAUUCCGUCGGUUGUCCGAAUAAGGAAUCAAUUCUUUUAACUCCAAAUGUGAUCUCAAAAGAUGUCGCCAAAGUAAUCGAGUAUUAUAAAGCUCAGGGAAUCAUCGAAACGCAUGGUUGGCCUUUAUUACCAUUCACGCAGAGAGUAGAUCCAAACUAUGGUGUUCACUAUGUGAGCGAUAAUCUUGACACACAACAUUGCACUUUUUGGUCGAAAAGUAAAUACACUUACAUUGGUGAUGUUGAUGAAAUGCUUUAUAUUAGAAAUCGAACCAAGCUCUUUGACUUUCUCGAAUCGUGGGACAAGAAGAAAAAGGAUUUGGGUGGCCUAAUUUUCCCCCAUGUCGCGUUAACAUUCGAUCCACCGACCGUUCCUCGACCCUACAACUAUGAGCAAUUCAUCAAGCUCGAUGGACUUAAACAUCCGAAAGUUUUCGACAGUUGGAGAUUUCCAAAGUCAAUAUUUCUGACGCAAUACAUUCGAAUCGCAUGGGUUCACUACCCGAGGGAGCAUUUCGGGAAGAGGGAAAGCCACAAGGUUCCCCCAGAAGAAGCUCUUUAUCUACAUGCUCGGGAGGAUUUCGACAAAGAGCCAAACGUGACGCAAAUCCACUUUGAUGUUCGACUUUUCGAUGAGGAGAAUGUUGACAAAAAAGUGGAUAGUAUUCGAGCAACGAUCUUUGAGAUUUUCGAUGGAGAGAUCCCGGAGUAUAAAACCCAUCAAGUAUAUUCACAGAUAUACGCUUGUAAAAAGAAGGGCUCACUCCGAAAAAAAGGCUGUUCUGAGCCGGGCGUUUCAUGUUUUCAAGCAAUUCACAAACUCGACGAUUGGAUUUACACAGAGCCAACCGAGGAGAGCAAUUAUGUUGUUACAGUAAUCCGCGAUUCGAAUGCUGUUGAAAUCCCAGUUCAUCGAUCACCCAAAAACUAUACAAAUAGUCUAUCGGCUUGCAUUGGAGCAGUGCAUUGGUUCAACGAUUGGCCGCGAUUGAUUGUGUUUCUCGAGGUUUGGAGAAGGCAAGGCACUGAGAAAUUCCUCUUCACCGUGCAAUCCGUCUCAAAAACGGUGAAACAAGUGCUGGACUUUUAUGAGAAAAAGGGUUUACUCCAAAUCCACGAUUGGCCUUUACUUCCAUUUUCUCAGUUGUACGAUCCGAACUAUCGUGUUUACUAUAUCAGCGACAAUUUGGAGACGCAGCAUUGUCUCUUUUGGUCGGACAGCAAGUACACUUUUCAGGGAGAUGUCGACGAUUUUUUGUAUAUUCGAAACUCAUCAUUGCCUUUCUUUGACUACUUUGAGACAUGGUUUCAAGAGAAGAAAGAUUUGGGUGCUCUCUCCUUCCCGCAUGUCGGUUUGGCGUUUCGACCGCGAAUCAUCGAGAAACCCUACAAAUAUGAGAAUGUUUUGAGAUUCGAUGCUCUGCGAAAACCGCUAACUUUCGAAGAAUGGAGAAUGCCAAAAACGGUUUUCCUCACCGAGUACGUGAAAAACAAUUGGGUUCAUCAUCCGAAAGCGUAUUUCGCCGACAAGAGGCGUUAUGAUGUGGCCAAAGCACAAGCAAUCCAUCUGCACGGUCGAAUGAACUUUGACCAAAAAUCGGAUCUCAAUCUCAUCAAACCACCGUAUCCAGAUGUUCAUUUCUUUAAAGAAAAGGACUUGGAGAAAACAUUGAAAGAAAUUGGGGGAAUCGUGAGAGAGAUUUUUGGUGACGUCACUCCGGAAUACCGAGGUUUUGAGGUGCAGACGGCACUGCAACUUUGUCGCGAUAAAGGACGACCGAAGAAAACUGGUUGCCUUGAUCCGGGUGUUUCGUGCUUUGACGAGCUUUUCCCAUUGGACGAUUGGUGGAAGUAUUUUGGUGGGAAGAAGCUAUAUAAUGUGCCAUUAAAGGAAGGGCUUCACCUUCAUGCGCGAAUGAAUUUCGACUUUGAGGGAAUAAAGGACGAGACGCCGACUCCAUAUCCGGAUGUGCGCUUUUUUGAAGAGAAAAAGAUGGACUCGAUUCUCGAAGAGAUUGGUGGAAUUGCUAGAGAGAUUUUCGGGAAUGAAACCCCGGAAUAUCGAGGCUUUGAGGUCUACAAUGUGAGCAUCCUCACUACAGCUUUGGCCGUUUACUGCACGGCUAAAAAUGACCGUCUUGCUUUAAACAUUCGAUUGUUUGCCACAGUUGAGAACGCGAACAAAUUCAUCUUUCUUGUGCUGAUUCAAACCGGAACACUGUGCGGAGUGAUAAAG